ACUCCGCGUCUCACCCCACACCGGGCGCCGUGGCCUUAGCAAUAUAUUGGCGCUUGAAUUUGAAAGCAAAACACUCGGCGGGGAGAGGCGACGCCUCAGGCCGGAGAGCCGUCGGCAAAAGCGGCGGGAGGGCCGGAUUGGACAGGUCAUGUCUGUCUCUCCCUUCCUCCCUCCGCACACGCUGCCCGACCGGAGGUUUCCAGCCUCGGACGUUUGUUUUUAAACUUCAUUUAUCGCUGAGGAAAACCGAGUUGCUGCCAAUCACCACGCGCCCCGCCCUUCAUUUGCAUGCGGAUGAUCACGUGACUGCGACCAGGCUCGGAACAUCCCGCCGUCACGUGCUCAACCCGGACAAUGGCCAUUCGGCCCACUGUCACCCGAUCUGUCCCUUUGAAAGAUCAACCCUCCAGUCUCAGGCCCGUGCUCCUUCUCCAGACCUUUGCAUACUCUUACAGUUUUAAUUACCUUUGGAAAGCCCCUAUGGAUCUGUUUCACCAUUCUGAAUCACAACAGCUUGCCAUUAAAUUAUGCUUCUCAUGGCAUUGUACAGCGCUUUGCAGUUAAAAGUGAUCAUGCAAGCUCCGCAUGCUCCAUGUGUGCUGGGUCUGGAUCUUGGGACCAGCUCCGUGAAGGUGGUCUUGUUGGAUGCUGUGAGUCGGGCUGUGGUCCACAGCCAGACCCAGGAAACCAAGGCAGAGGUCAGCAGCCCAGACGGGGAACAGCAAUGCCCAAAGAACAUCUUCGCAGAGUGACAAGGAUUGGGGUCUCGGGACAGAUGCAUGGAGUUAUGAUGUGGAAAGGCCAGGAAGGGUGUAAGUGGCAGAUGUCUGAAGCAGGUCUCACCUUCCAGCCUGUGGAGACGAGUCACCUGGUCACAUGGCAAGACGGUCGGUGCAAUCACGAAUUCCUCGCCACCCUCCCACAGCCUGAUUCCCACCUCAAUCUUGCCACUGGCUUUGGCUGUGCCACCAUUUUCUGGUAUAUGAAAAACAGACCCCAGGAUAUACAGACCUAUAAUGUAGCAGGGACCAUCCAUGACUAUGUUGUUGCUGCCCUAUGUGGGCAUGAUAAACCUCUGAUGUCGGCACACAAUGCUGCCAGUUGGGGAUACUUUAAUACCAAAAGUGGCACUUGGAAUCUUCAAAUAUUAAAAGACUCCGGAUUUCCCAUAUGUUGGUUGCCCACAAUUAUGGAAUCUGGUAAAAUUGCUGGAAAGACGACACAUGAAUGGUGUGGUGUCCCAGAGGGGGCAGAGGUUGGUGUAGCCAUGGGUGAUUUUCAAUGCUCUGUGUACUCCUGCAUGAGUGAGAAGACAGAUGCAGUUUUGAACAUCAGCACUUCUGCUCAGCUGACCUUUGCUCUGCCACCAACCUUCCAACCACCCGAUCACCCCAACCCCAGCAGCAGUGUUGCAUACUUCCCGUACCUGGAUGGGAUAUACCUGGCUGUGGCAGCUGCCCUGAACGGUGGGAAUAUAAUGUCCUCCUUUGUUGAGAUGUUGAAACAGUGGAUGCAUGAGUUCGGGCUGGAGGUUCCUGAGACUAUCAUCUACUGCCAAACAAUAAACUCUGCGUUGAAUGUUGAUCAGACUGACCUUGGGGUGCAAGCCACCAUAUUUGGAGAGAGACAUUUGCCGGGCCAGCUGGGUUCAAUCACCAACAUUUCUCCGUCCAACCUGUCGCUGGGCCAAGUGACCAGGGCCCUGUGCCGUGGCAUCAUUGAGAACCUGCAGACCAUGCUGCCAUGCCAGCGGCUGGUGGAGUCAGGGGUGCGGAGGAUUGUGGGCAGCGGGAGUGCGCUGACCAGGAACCAGGUACUGAGGCAGGAGCUGGAGAAGAUAUUCACGCUCCCCAUUGUCUAUAAGGAGACUGCCGAUUCUGCAGUCGGUGUUGCUCUGGUGAUGAUUGACCGGAAGUAGGGAGGGGAACAACAGUGGAAAUGUGGGAAAACAAAUCGGUGUCCUCUGAGAACAUGUGUAAGGCUGUGUGUACGGUAUCGAGAUCCUGAUUAAGGGAAGACCUCUGUUGGAGCAGCAUACCUAGCCGCCAUAGUCUGGGACUAAUUGGAGCUGAGUGUAAUUGCAGCGAUACGUAUUGAUCUAGCCCAUCUUUCCUCUUCUUGAUGUCCUGGUUUUGAUGGCCCAGAGAUGUACCAGAGAGGCUACAUCGUGAGUUGCUGCCCUGCUUUGAGUUUUAAAGUUAUUCAUGGAAUAAGUGGGCAUGUCAUUUAUUGCCCCCUCCCCAUAUGAAGGUGGUGAUGAGUUGCCAUCUUGAAUUGCUGUGCGCGACGUGCAAGAUGAUGAAGGCCUGACGUCCACGAGGAAGAAGAAACAGACAGCCAAGCAGAACUAAUACUGCUCCCUGUGGAAACCCAAAGAAAACAAAA